AUGAGAAAGAGAACUAAAUGUUAGUUUAUAGAAUAAGAAGCUUCAGAAGGUUAUAGUAGUGAAGAUGAGGAUAAUGAGAAAUUUGAAAUUAAUAAAAAGGAAGCUGAAAGAUAAUUAAAGGAAAUGUAAGAUAGAAGAGCAAAGGCAAAUGAGAGACUGAAUAAAAGACUUUAAGAAUUAUUAGAAGAAGAUGAUAUAGAUGAAACUGUUAAUGAGAGUGAUGAAAGUUAAAAUGAAGAUGAUGAUAAUUAUUAUGAUGAUAAAGAUGAUAUAUCAUUGAAAGGAGGGCCAAAAUUUAAUGAUCCAAAAAUAUGGAGAUUCAAAUGUGGAAGAUCAAUAUUUGAAAUAUAAAGAAUACUUGAGAUAUCAAAUUAAUUACCAAAAAAUAGUCCAAUUGUAUCUAUUUUUUAUACUCCAAAUGUUAAAGGGAAUAUAUUUUUUGAAUCAUACUUUGAAAAUGAUGUAAAAGAAUUUAUGAGAUCAAUUAUGUAUGGUUAACCUAUUUAUGUUCAACCAGAAGAUUGUGAUAGUUUAUUAGAGAUGAAGAAAAAUAAUAAUAUUUAAGUAGGUUAAUGGGUAAGAUUUAAAAAUCAUAAAAAUUAUGGAAAAGAUUUAGGAAAAGUAUUGAAAAUAAAUUUGAUAUAAAACUAUGCAAUAAUAAAAGUAAUAAAAAGAAACAAAUAAGGAUAAAAAGAACCAAUUACAUGGUAAAGAACUAGAUAAUAAACAAGUGAGAUAGUAAUUAAUAAUGAAUCUGAAUUUAUUUAUUCUGAUAUAGAGAAGGAAUAUAAAUGUGCAAAGAUUGAUGGAUUUAAAUUAUUAAGAUGUUCAUUAAAAAACAUUGAACAUAAUAUUACAAUAACUGAUGAAGAGUUACAAAUGUUUUUUCCUGAUGUUGUGGAUAGAAAGAUUCUUGUUUAAUAAGCAAAAAGAGAAAUACUUAGAAGAGUAGAUGUUUAAUUUAAAGAAGGAUAAAAAGUUAGAUUGAUAGGAGAAGAUGAUCUUAAUUAAGGUCCUAAAUUUAAAAUAGUUAAAAUUUUUGAUGAUCAAAUGAUAGAAUUAAUGUGUAAAAAAGAUAAUCGAGAAUACACAUAUUUAGUUCAUGCUUCUGAAAUUAGAUUAGCAUUUAAAUUAUAUUAGGAAGUUAAAGUUAUUGAUGGGCCCCAUAAAGGAGAUGUAGGAGUUAUUAUUUGUAUUAAAUAAGGUUAUGUUGAACUUUCAACUUAACAUGGUACAUUUAAAGUACCACAUAGUGUUCUUUAAUUUGGACAUAAGAAUUUUUAAACUGAUAAUUCUUUAGUCAAAUUUGGAAAUAAUGAUUUUUAAAUUGGUUGUGUCAUUUAAUAGAAACUCUAAUCAGCUGUCAUUUUAGAUAUUAAUAAUGAAAUUUAAGAAAUCAGAAAUGAAAAACUUGAAAUUCUAACAAUCAAUGGUGUGGAAAUGAAUGAAUAAGGAGAAACAUUUAGAAAUUUAGAUAAUGUAACUAUUAUAUAAGGAAAGUAUGCAGGUAAAUUUGGAUUAGUAAAACAUUGUGUUAAUGGUAAAUUAUAUUUAUUUAAUCAUAUCUUUCCUUAUUAAAUUAUUCUUGAGAGUAUUAAUAANGGGUAAGAUUUAAAAAUCAUAAAAAUUAUGGAAAAGAUUUAGGAAAAGUAUUGAAAAUAAAUUUGAUAUAAAACUAUGCAAUAAUAAAAGUAAUAAAAAGAAACAAAUAAGGAUAAAAAGAACCAAUUACAUGGUAAAGAACUAGAUAAUAAACAAGUGAGAUAGUAAUUAAUAAUGAAUCUGAAUUUAUUUAUUCUGAUAUAGAGAAGGAAUAUAAAUGUGCAAAGAUUGAUGGAUUUAAAUUAUUAAGAUGUUCAUUAAAAAACAUUGAACAUAAUAUUACAAUAACUGAUGAAGAGUUACAAAUGUUUUUUCCUGAUGUUGUGGAUAGAAAGAUUCUUGUUUAAUAAGCAAAAAGAGAAAUACUUAGAAGAGUAGAUGUUUAAUUUAAAGAAGGAUAAAAAGUUAGAUUGAUAGGAGAAGAUGAUCUUAAUUAAGGUCCUAAAUUUAAAAUAGUUAAAAUUUUUGAUGAUCAAAUGAUAGAAUUAAUGUGUAAAAAAGAUAAUCGAGAAUACACAUAUUUAGUUCAUGCUUCUGAAAUUAGAUUAGCAUUUAAAUUAUAUUAGGAAGUUAAAGUUAUUGAUGGGCCCCAUAAAGGAGAUGUAGGAGUUAUUAUUUGUAUUAAAUAAGGUUAUGUUGAACUUUCAACUUAACAUGGUACAUUUAAAGUACCACAUAGUGUUCUUUAAUUUGGACAUAAGAAUUUUUAAACUGAUAAUUCUUUAGUCAAAUUUGGAAAUAAUGAUUUUUAAAUUGGUUGUGUCAUUUAAUAGAAACUCUAAUCAGCUGUCAUUUUAGAUAUUAAUAAUGAAAUUUAAGAAAUCAGAAAUGAAAAACUUGAAAUUCUAACAAUCAAUGGUGUGGAAAUGAAUGAAUAAGGAGAAACAUUUAGAAAUUUAGAUAAUGUAACUAUUAUAUAAGGAAAGUAUGCAGGUAAAUUUGGAUUAGUAAAACAUUGUGUUAAUGGUAAAUUAUAUUUAUUUAAUCAUAUCUUUCCUUAUUAAAUUAUUCUUGAGAGUAUUAAUAAUUGCAAAUUAGUUUUUAGAAAAUAAGUUAAGCCUAAAUAAAAUGAUUAAAUGUGUUUAAGUGGAUAAAUUUGUUAACUCAAAAGUGGUAAAUGGUAAGGAUAUCGUGGAUAAAUUAUUUAAAUUAAAAAUGGAUAAUUAAUAAUUCAAUUAAAUGUAAAUAAUUUAUAAAUCAAAGCUACAGAAAAAGAUAUUCUUUUAUUAUGA